CUUCCCUUCGUUUCCACCAGUCUAGGCAAUUUAAACUACAACGUUUGGAAAUGACUUCCCACCAAAUUGAGUCACUUUUCCAACGUUCAAAAUCGAUCAUUCAUCUUCUCCAACUUCAUUCUCUAUUCAUCAAAACAACAAUUCAUCACGACGAGUAUCGUCUCUCCCAAUUCAUAUCACUGUCUUCUUCAAUAUCUCUCCAAUUCACCCGUACCAUCUUCGAUAAUUCUCCCAUUAUUCCAUCAAUCUUCGCAUGGAACACAAUGAUGAGAGCAUAUUCCCAAGUAGAGUCUCUGAAGCUCUUUAAACAGUUUCAAAAAAUUGGAUUAAAACCAGAUAGAUUCACCUUUCCUAUUGUGCUAAAGGUUUCUGGGCAUUGUUUGAUGAUUGGAACGGGUGGAUCGUUGCAUUCCAUGGCUGUGAAGUCGGGUUUUGGUUCAGAUUUACAUGUGAACAAUACCAUUUUGAGAAUGUAUGCUGGAUUUGGUGUGAUCAGGUUUGCAAGACAGGUGUUUGAUGAAAUGCUUCUGAGGGAUAUAGUUUCUUGGAGUUCAAUGAUGGCUGCUUAUGUUCAUUGUAACUUGCCUUCAGAUGCUCUGAUCCUGUUCCAAUGUAUGAAGCUAGCAAAUGAAAAGCCAAAUUCUGUCACUUUGGUUAGCUUGUUGGGGGCAUGUACUCAUAUCCUGAUUAUCAGAUUAGGUAAAUGUAUUCACUCACACAUUGUUACCAGUGGUAUUGAACUACAUGUUGAGCUGGAAACAGCCCUCCUGGGCAUGUAUGCAAAAUGUGGUCAUAUACAACAGGCUUUCCGCAUAUUCAAUUUGAUGGGUGAUAAAAAUCUGCAGACCUGGACCAUCAUGAUUUCUGGUCUUGCUGAUCAUGGACAUGGAGAAGAAGCUGUGUCCUUGUUUGCCAGAAUGGAAGAAUCUGGCUUUAGGCCGGACAGCUUAUCAUUUUCUGCAAUCUUAUAUGCUUGUAGUCAUAUUGGCUUUGUUGAUGCGGGGCGUGAAUAUUUUGAAAAAAUGGCAAGUAUUUAUAACAUCAGGCCAACUAUGGAACAUUACGGAUGCAUGGUGGAUAUGUUUGGACGUGCUGGAGAAUUAGAAGAAGCUUAUGAUAUUAUAAGGAGCAUGCCUAUAGAGCCUAAUUCUGUGAUAUUGAGGAGUUUCAUUAGUGCUUGUAAGCAUCACGGUCAUAUUCCUUGCGCAGAAGAAAAUCUAAGGGAGAUUCUCCUCAAAAUAGAGCCUGAUCUUGGAUCAAACUAUGUACUUGCAUCUAGUUUAUCUUAUCUUUUUGGUUACUGCAGCGAUGCGAAUAGCCUAAGAUUGGCUAUGAAAGCAAAAGGGAUAAAGAAAUAUCCUGGCAGCAGUUGGGUGCAGUCGCUUGGUAGUUCUUCUGAAGGAAGCAGUUGAAGAAUCUGACAGUAAUGUUUCUGUUUAUGCAAAUAGAAGAGGCAAUUCAGAUCACUAGGAAUGAAGGCACUGUUACAUUCCAAAGACGAGAGAACACAAUCACGAUGGAGGAAAAUGAAUUGCUUCUUUCUGGGUAAUACCACCAGGCUGAGGUACAAGUUUAGGGGAGCUGUUGCUUUGACCAUUGGAAGAGGGUCACACUGAAGUACCUAACAUUCUUGCAUAAUUUGGAAUAACUUGAAAAAUGAAGAUUACAUUGUGCGGUGAUUUUGAUUUGUAGCUCAUGGGAUAUGACAUUUGAGAGGAACUCCACAAAUUGGUAUACUUCUGGAAGAGGAAAACCCGUGCUCUGUCAGAGCCACUACUCUGUUGUUAUCCUUCUCAAAUUAUUCCUAACAAUCAAUCAUGCCUAGAUAUUGGACUAGUUGGGAUCAGCUUUAUGAGUCUCCUAUGUCCAUUCUACCUUAUUUGGGCCAUUCUUUUCGAUACUGGUAAAGGAUUUGUUUUCUCCAUAAACUACUCUUUCUUUUUAAAAUGUGGUUAGGGUUAAUCUUGGAAUUCUAUUCAGAAGUUGGGAUGCCCUUAAAGUGGCACCUCCGCAUGGCCUGAAACUUUUGUUAAAAACUAUGAGGUAUUCCCAGGGGGAAACAAAUUCAAAAUCUUUUAUGAAUGUCAAGACUCAAGUCCUUUGCUUUGAGCUCUGGAAAUUUAAAUUAAACCAAGCGGUAUCUUCAUUUAUCUGGUAGUUUAACUGUUAUUUCUGAAAUAAAGGAGAAGAAAACAGUGAAUAUGUCAUGCUGGAGUAGUUUUUGUUGUAAGCAAAAUAUGGAAAACGAAGUUUUGAUAGUUGUACUACUCGAAGUAGCAAGUACAUUUGGGUUGAUAUAAUCUAUGAAAAGAGAGCAUGGAAAAUCAUCUGACUUACAUUGCACCUGCAUCAGCAUGUGUCUGCUUUUAAGGUAUUCCCCUAAAUACUUUGAAAGUAUAAUCACAUACACAUCCAUUUGCAUGUUAUUUUUUGGAGCUUGACUUGAAGCCAUCAGGAAGGGGUCAUGCUCUGUGUACUCUGUUUUUGUCAAUCCUCCAUGUCCUUCACAUUCCAUGAUUUAAGUAUGAUUAAGCUUUUCUUAGAAUACUCAACUGCCAUGGGUUAGUGAGGUAAACUUUGGAUAUUUAUCACAACAGAAAAGAACCAAUUGACUGAAAUCCAUAUUCAAUAUUCAAUUAAUGUUCUUCUGGUCUCAUCUGCUUAAACAUAAGGAUCCAUUCAUUUGUAUAAUGCUGUUAAUGACAAUAUCAGAUGAACCUAGUUUGGUGGAAACCUCUUUGCUGUGUAUUAGAUCACUUGCAUAUGAAAAAGUUUCAAGCUUCCUAUUAGUUCAUGAGCAAUAUACCGUAUUGAAUUGCUAAUGUAUAUCAUCUGAGAUCAUCCAGCACUCUAAAUUAUUGGAGGCAACUGGCCUGCGAUCUCAAGCUGAUCCUGUCUUGUUGUUAAUCAUUUUGAAGACUUCUCCUCUUUUGAAUGGUGACGAUCUUUAUAUCAGAUGAGACAUGCAAAGUUAUUCACGCAUGUUAGAAAGGUUGAGCUAGCUGGGAUGUGGAGAAGGUGAUCUAUCAACAUGGAGAACCUGACAUCUGGUGGAGCCGCGUGAAAAAAUUAGAGAAUCUCUAGAAGGUAUGUCUAUAUGUUAGAAUGGAGUUCUAUCCACAAGGAAAAGCAAUCCGCAAAUGUCUGAACAACCAUUAUCAUUGUUUAACAUGGCAUAAAUUUAAUUGUUUUACUAUUGAUAUGCUGGUGUAUGGAUUCAUUUGUCUCGAAUAUGCAUUAGGUUUUUGAUGUAUGAGAUACAUUACAUCUUUUUUUCUUCUGA